AUGAAUACUUUUUCAAGCGGUGAGAUGUACGAAGCACAAGACCAGUGUGAAGACCAAGAAUCGAGACAAGAAAUGAAGCAGUCAAUACAGAACAAUGUGGGGUUUGCAAGUGAACAAGAUGGAACCGGUGACAGGAGACAGAAGAUCGUCCACGAGCAUGAGUUAUAUAACACAAAUGAGUCCGCAGCAAGUCAAUCUCAAAAAGGUAGACGAUUCCACGGAUUUAGCUGA